AUGACGACCGGGAAGCUCACCUACAUCAACAAUUGGGCCAUAUCAGAAACUGCCGAAGUCAAGCCUGUCAACAACGAGGCUGGGCUCUCCGCGCAACUGCUAGGAGGCGAGGAGGGAUAUCGCCUCUUUUACCACAACAAGGACGGAGACUUCAUGAUGUUCCGGUACAUGCCGAAAAUGACGGCAUGGGUGGAUGAUGGGGCAAUCUCACAGGAUCAGUUAGCCGGAAUGGCGCUGGCAUCUGCUCAUUAUGUGAAGAAUAUUUCAGUGGCAUUCCCACAAGGGCAGAGCAACAUCGAGGUCUCACGGUUGUCGAAUACGGAUGAAUGGCAUCUUUUUACGUCUUCUGCGACGUUUCCCCAGCCCUUAGAGGGACUCUCUGGGUCGUUUAUCGUGCCUACGAAUGAAACUGCUCCGUCGGCCAUUCAAAUCGACGAAGAAGUCGAACCAGAUUUCAGCUUACCUUCCUGGAGCCCCGAGAUAAGGUCGCUUGGCAUGUCUAUCGACAGUUCUCGUUCUCAAAGCAUCUUCUAUAUUGGGACCGACAAGAAGUUGUAUCAGGUCAUUGAAAAGAAUGAUGAAUGGGACUUGGCUCCCAACCAGACUGACAAAAUUUGGCCUCAAGCUGAUGACUCGAGUGCCAACCUAGCAGUCGCCAGUGACCAGGGCAACGGCGAGACUUGGAUAUACUACUGGGCCAACGACACUAUUGUCCAAGUGCACAGGAAAAACUUCAAGGACUGGGAACCGGCCAAGACGCUGCCAAUGAAUGCGACCAACCCAGCCAACCAGAACUCCGAUGACAACAAAGGAUCACAAGAGAGCACUGACUCCUCGGGUUCGAAAGGCCUGAGCACUGGAGCCAAGGUGGGCAUCGGAGUUGGUGUCUCGAUGGGUGUCAUCCUCAUCGCUGGCUUGAUCUGGUUCCUGGUGAAACGACGUGCUACAAAGAAGGGGCAGGACACGGAAGGAGAUGGGGAUCCGGCGCCCGAUCAGUCUCCAGGCUUCCCAGAAGUGGACGAAGCGGCUACGCUCAAGCCAGUCUACAGCCCGUCACUCGAUGACACGCCAAAGGCUGACCCAGUCGAGAUGAAGAGUCCAAGAAUGAUGGCAGCACUGGAACAUCCGCUGGUCAUCUAUGAGCUGCCUGAAAACGAUGGCAAGCAAUGA